GUUGCUCUUCUCUGGCCGCAGCAGCUUCAGGAAAAAUCACCAUCGCGGCUCAGCGCAGCCGGCGGAGCAGCCAGGGAUGCUGACAGCUCCGGGGAGCCGCUGGCGGCAGCGGCAAGACCGUUAGGACAUAAAUAACUGAAAAUGGGGGAAUUGCGAAGGAUUUGCAUGGAAGCGCAAGAGAUAAGGCUGGAAGGGAGCGCAGAGCUUCGGGACAGCUUUAGUGCUCUCUCCCUUCUCCGAGCUCCUGUCUGCUGCUGAAGCUGCAACACCCUAGAAAAUGAAUUUAUUCCUAUUUCUAAACAGCCAGCAGGUGCAGUGAGGGCUGUAAAAUGACUCCAGUGGCAAAAAUAAUACAGAUACAUCUCAGGAACAGGCUAAAAAUAGCUGUCCCUGAAGUCAAUAUCCUCUGACGGCCCCGUCCCGGACCUGCAGACAACAUUCCUGAUAGUGGUGAUGCAAUUGGGACCAUCGUUCGGGGCAGAAAAUGUCGUCAUCUGGGGUGUUAGAGAACAAGAAUAAUAUUUAUUGCUUUUAAUUCACUUGAUGGAUAGAUAAUUUGGGAGGUGCCGCAGUCCCUCUGCGCCAGCCGUGCUGAUGUGUCCUGCAAUGCUCACUCUGGGCAUCACGUCCUCUCCUGCUUCCCACCCCCGGCACAGCCAUUCCAUUGUAAAUGUUUUUCAGUUAAAAACGUGAAGAAGUUAUAUUUAUUUCUGUGGUUUUGGCGUUUCUCAUGAAUUCCCCAGUCUUGGGCACAGACUUCUGAAAUUUCUUUCUCCACUUUUUUUAGCUUAUAGUUUUUAAAUCAAUAGCAGAAAAUGAGCACCGCUCUGGCCCUUUUGCUGAUAAUCUUCAAAGAAAAAUGGUCCAGGUUUCCCGGUGUGGAUUCUCUGGUGUCUAGUUGUGGUUGUGCAUCCCCCUGCAGCCCACGAAGCUGGAGGGGUACACCUCCGUGACAUGGGAUGACGGCACGUGGCAUCAUCUCCAUCCCUGGGACUCAUCCCGGCCGUGUGCCCGGUGCCUGUGUGGUUUGCUUCCUGACGUGCCAGGACAAGCUCCCCCUCACCAGCAUCAUUUGAGAUCGCUGGUGGAGAAAAACAAAAAGCAAAGUGAAAACAUGAAUUAACCAUGCAAAGACAAACCCCCCCGAAUAUCGUGCAUGUGUUUCAACCUGGAAAUCUAAUAUCUGUGGGACGCAGGGAAUUCAGAUGGAAAUAAGGCAGACGGAGGUAUUUUCCUGAGAAGGCUGCUAGCCGGCACCAUGGCUCGUUUCGGAGGUUGGGUAACGAUGCGAUGCGUUUUUGAGCACUUGGGCUGACACAUCAAUGGGAAAAUUCAACCUGCAAAGCUCAGAGGGAGAGGAGACAAGCAGAGAGAUGCUUUUGGCCAUCCUGGAAGAGUCUUGUGGGCUUUUCCUUGAAUUAACAGGAAAACAGAAGACAGAUCUUGGUUUUUUUCUGUGUGUGAGUGCCUGACAGUGCCCAGAUCCAGGGAAUUUUAUCAAUCUGCUUCAGUAAAAAAGCAAAUAAGAGAGGGAGGGGCUUGUAGUUACUGCAGAUCUCCUUGCUUGGAAGCAAGAGGUUUAUCACGGUCACAGCUCUCCCCAUCCAUCCAUGCUUUACACCAUUUCCAAUUCACUGCCGAGUUAUAAAAGAAAGCCUAAAUCUUGGCCAUGCACCUCCAGGGCUGUAGUGGCGCUGGAAACCUGAAUCCCCAAAGAUUUCCUCCCCUUUUCCCCUUUGGCAUGUGUUUUGUCUCAUCAAACAAACUGAAAUCGGUGCAGCGAUGGCAUGAGAUACCAGGGUUGUGAUCCUGGAGAGCAGAGACACGGGGGUCUUGCCAUCGAAGGACUUGGGCAUUUUUUGGAAAAGGAGAUUAUUUUACAGUCAAAUCAACCAGAAAAAAAAGUCCUUUGGUGGGAUUAGGAUGAUGAGAUCAGGUUUUAAAGCUGAAAGGCAUAAGCAGGACUCGCAGGUCCCUGUUUUUCCUGGACAUUUUUGAUGCUUCUGGCUGGAUUUCCCAGUAUGCUGCCUUUGCAGAUGUGGCUGUGGGUUGUCUUGGCACUGGAAAGACUUUUUGUUCCAUUUAUGGCACAGCUUCAGGUCUGGUGACGUGUGAGGGAGUUGUAAAAUGGCCCGUGGCAUUUCCUUGAAACGCUCCCAGAGAUUUCACCGCCACCGCCUUGAGAGGAGGCUGAGGACUGACAUGCUCAGCACACGUGUAGCCACUGCAUUGCUCCUGCUCUCCGGGCACAGCGGCUGCAGCUCUUUGGGGUGUCCCAGCGCCGGGGGACACAGCACAGACCCAGCCAAGCACCGAAAUGGAGCAGAGCCCCCCCCGAUGUUCUGGGGAUACAUAACAAAUUGGGGCAGGAGAUUUUUAUCUCCGGGUGUUUUGGGUGCAUGUUGUGUUCCUGUCCCCACUGCCAUCGCACUCCUGUCCCCAAUGGCCUCCUGACCCCAUCACCGACGCAUUCCCAUCCCUGUUGUGCUCCUGUCCUCACUGCCAUUGCGCUCCCAUCACCGUCCUGCUCCCGAUCCCAGCCCAACCGUACAUCCCUCUGUACCAAAUGUGCAUCAUCCCGGCUGGGCACCGCUCCAUCCAUGCAUCGCUCCAUCCCGGCCAUGCAUUGCUCCAUCCCGGCCAUGCACCACAUCCUCGCCACGCAUCGCUCCAUCCCAGCCGUGAACCGCUCCGGCCUGGCUGUAUACUGCUUUAUCUGCACUGCGCAUCUCUCCAUCCCGGCCCUGGAGCACCACCUCUCCACGGCGGCUCACGUCAGGGGACAGGAGCUGGCAGCGGCCGGGUCACGGCGCCAGCGCGAUGCAGCCGCCCCAAGGACGUGGCCAACGCGCACAUCGACGUGGGCAACAACACGCUGCUCAACACCCGCCUGCGCUACACCUGCAACCCAGGCUACAAGCGCAAAGCUGGUACCUCCAGCCUCAUCCAGUGCAUCCUCCGCGAAGGUUCCACUGAGCCCAACUGGACCCACACCACGCUGCAAUGCAUCCGGGACCCGGCUCUACCUCCGCAAACCCCCAGCCCCGAGCUCCCGACCGUGCCGCACACCGAGGGGACGACCCAGAAGGCAGGAACCACCGAUGCCAGCCCGACCUCCAACCCCUCUCCAGCAGCAACAUCUGGGAUGCCGGGAGCUGCUGGCCGGUCACCCACGCCACCAGCGACCGAUGGGCCGUCACUGGAGAAGUCCACGCUGCCAGAGAUGCCCCCACGGCUACAGACAUCCACACCGGGAGAGGGGAUGGCCCCAGGGUCAUCUCUGGGGACAACCCCGCUGCCCACCGCCCCCAUGGACCAUGCUGCAGUCUCCAUCCAGACCCUGGCCUCUUCCAUUGGGCUCCCGGUGCUGGUGGUCGCCGGUAUUGUGACCUGCUGCUGCUGGAGGAUAAAAACGCGCACGGGGCAGAGCUACAUGGUGCCGGUGACGGCCAUCCCCAUGGUGGCUCCCGCUGCUGAGAACGAUGAGAUGAUGCCGCCUGGCGUCUUCCCCACGGGCUGAGUACCCAC